CUUGGCAGGGUCCCUUCAGGCACUUCAAUCUUCUCUCCGACUAGAUUUUUCCAACAACACGCUUUCCACUACCGUCGCUCUUCCUUGAAUCCUUGAGACCACUUCGCCAUCGAUGUCUUCCUCGUCUAUGGGCAACGCGGCUGAUCAGCAUCUGGAGCAGUCUCGAAGUGAGAUUGCUGCGCGCGACAAGAUCUCCGAGCUCAACGCUGCGAACUCCCCACUCCUUCGUCUCCCGCCUGAGAUUAGGAACAUGAUCUACGACAACGUCUUCCGCGAUCAAGUCCUCGAACUUACACGCACAGGGUUUACUCUCGUGGAAGGGGAGUACGACAUCAUCAAGAGAACAGCGCACGUCAAACGAUACUUAAGCCUACUUCGUGCCUCUCGCCAAUUGUAUCGAGAAACCGCCCUGUUGCCAUAUCAGCUCACCACUUUCAAGUUUGGCUAUUUUCGUUAUCCUUGGGGCAAACCACUUGACGUUCUGGAAAUUUUCUUGUUGGACAGAUCGUGGUCGCAGGUCUCAAGCCUGCAAAGCAUGGAGUAUCUUGUUAAGUUUGACGGGUUCAAUAAAAUGCUUGAACACGAGUAUCAGUAUGAGAAGAGUGGAACCGGCCUGUACUGGUUCGCUUAUUUGAAUCUGGAACACUCCGAGUUGGCUGUUUACAACACAGUUGAAUGAAAUCGUUGGCUCCAGAACCGCGAUUGCCUACCUUCUGG